UCAGGGAGGCGGGCCGGGUCUCCGCGGCGCGGCCGCCCAUCCCGUGAGGGUGUCCGGUAACACGGCGCUCUCGGAGCGAGGGUCUCCAGCCCGGCGGCGUCGGCGGCGUCUGAGAGCCUAGAGCGAACGGAGGACCAGGCCGCGAGGUCGCGCGCAGAGUAGCCAAAGAGAAUGAAAGAAGUAGAUAAUCUUGAAAGUAUAAAAGAAGAAUGGGUUUGUGAAGCAGGAUCUGACAAUCAUCCUCUCACUGAUAAUCAACAAAGGAGUUCUGAACAGUUUGUUGACAGCCUUUUUGAAGAAGCUCAGAAGGUUGGUGCCAAAUGCUUGUCCCCCUCUGAACAUAAGAAACAGGUAGAUCUAAAUAUAAAAUUAUGGAAAAAUGGAUUCACAGUUAACGAUGACUUUAGAAGUUACUCUGAUGGUGCAAGUCAGCAGUUUCUGAACUCGAUCAAAAAGGGGGAAUUACCUUCAGAAUUACAAGGAAUUUUUGAUAAAGAGGAGGUGGAUGUUAAAGUUGAAGAUAAGAAAAAUGAAAUAUGUAUGUCUACAAAGCCUGUUUUCCAGCCCUUCUCAGGACAGGGUCAUAGACUGGGAAGUGCCACCCCCAAAAUUGUUUCUAGAAAAAAGAGUAUUGAAGUUGGAAAUAAAAAUGCUUUGUCUGCUGUCUCACUGAACAACUUGGAACCCAUCACUAAUAUACAGAUCUGGUUAGCUAAUGGGAAAAGGAUUGUGCAGAAAUUUAAUAUUUCUCAUAGGGUGCGCCACAUCAAAGACUUCAUUGAAAAAUACCAAGGAUCUCAAAGCAGUCCUCCCUUUUCUCUGAUAACAGCUCUGCCUUUGCUCAGAUUGCUAGAUGAGACACUCACACUGGAAGAAGCCAACUUACAGAACACUGUCAUCAUUCAGAGACUCAAGAAAACUGCUGAACCUCUUAGAAAACUUUCAUAAUAUUUGAAAGACUAAGUGGAAAGUUUUCAGGGAAGGUUGCAAAUGGACAUGCAAAGUGGGAGAUAGAAGAAGUCAUUGUUACUGGACUUUUGGGUUGAGUGCUGUUUUAACUCCAGAUGAGGGGGUUUUAAAAUAAUCACAAGUUAGGAGAAUGACUUAUAACUGCUCUUUUCAUGUACUUUUCCCAAAAGACUACUUGGAAAAGAUACACUUAUUUUCAGAUUCUAGUUAAUCAAGACAUCAUAUAUAUUAAAUAGCUGUUAGGAUCUUAAUAUGGUCUAAAAUAGCAAAAAUAUUCACGUUAACAUUCAAACAUCAUUCUCAGACAACAGGUAUUUCUACAAAUAUUAGCUGUCUUGGUUUUUAAAUGGUGAUACAUAGCAGGCUAAAAGCAUUAGUGUAAUUAUUUUAUAACUUAGAUAUAAUAAAGAUUUGGAGGAACUAUUUCUCCAUGGCUGUGUCUUAAACCUCAAA